AUGGAAUGCCCUGGUGGUGCCCGUGACUAUAGAAGUGGCAGCUUCAUUACCUGCACUGUUCUCACGACGCUGACCUUGGUGGUUCUGUUUGCCACCACAGGAGUGGACGACGUGCUGAUGCAUUGUCAGCCUAUUUGUCCAGGACCGAAUUGCGGGUCGAUUUGCAGCUACCUCACGGAAUAUCGGGGAGUGGACAAAGCGAUCUAUCUCAUUUUGAGGGUGGCCAUAAUCCUUUGCAUCGUCUCGGCCAUCUCUUGUGGAUGUUUCAAGGAGGUGCUGCAGAUACCCCGCUGCCCGGAUGACUGCAACACUAGAUAUGUUCUUUUUGGACGGCCUUGCUUUGUUGCCGGCCUGUUGCUACUCAUCCUAUUUGUUUAUUGGCUGAUCGCGGUGGGGAGAACCACGCUAUCGUCCACAAACAGCAGCGCGAUUUUCGUCUAUAUCUUCGCUUUGGCAUGGCUGGCAAUCCCCUUGGUUUGCUGUGGCUUAGCGCGUUUGCUGGUACCGGAAGAGAAGGCAGAGAAAGGCGACGAAGAUCAGUCCUUGAUCUCCUCCCGUGAUGCGCGGGUUGCUCCCUGA